AUGACAAAGGAUGAAUGGUCCCGUAUUACUCGAUGGACGGACACAAAUCGCGAGGAUCCGGAAGUGACUCGGCGCAGAGAAUACGUUCGUUAUCUCGACCAAGCCAGUAGAGAGAUGACAAAAAAUUGGCCCAAUUCUUUGGAGAACGUGAACAAGCGUAAUGAAGAGUUGCGCCGCGAGCGGAUAGAGGCGGCCGAGGCAGCUAACAGCAAGUUCUACCAGCAAUACCUCAAGCGAAAGCGAGAGGAACAGAGAGAGCUCAUGUACAGCGCCCGGGAAACUGUCUUUAAGAAUAAGGACGCGCCGAAACUAUUGCUAUCAGCACACGAAGUGGCCGAGCGGAACCGGAUCGAGUAUGAAACUGAAUUGGAUCUGCAGAAGAUUGACAAUAUAAAAGCUGAUGAGCAGAUGGAGGAAUUAAGGAAGUUUGAAGAGGACUUCAAAGCAGCGGAGAAGGCGCGCAUCUGGUCGGACAUGGAGCGAUCGCGCGGCGAGGCGGCGCAGCGGCGGCGCGAGGUCGCCGCGCGGGACCGCAUGGACGACCGCCUCAUCGACGUGCUGCAGCGCUCCCGGGCGCGGGUCGAGCGCCGCCGCAAGCAGACCGAGAGCGAUGUGAAAGAGGAAAAGUUGCGGGUUCUUGAAAAAAUAAGUCAAAAGCUGGAGAGCGGAGACGCUGCUCGAGAGGCGAAAGAGCAGGAGAACUUACAGAAAGCUGUCAAAGAGAAGGAGGCUGCUGCUGAAGCGCGUCGUCAAGCGGACGCUAACAAACGCGAGAAGUUCAAACAGGAGCGUAUCGAGGUCAGGAACCAGUUCCUGCGUGACGAGGAGCGGCGCCUGCAUGAGUUCAACACCAUGCGACAGUGGGAGAUCAUGAAUAGAUUCAAAAAUGCGGAGUUAUAUCAAGAUUUCCAGGAAAAUUUGCGUCUGGAGAAAGAGAAGAAGAUUAAACAGUAUCGUGAAGACAUUCUCAAACUCUGGAGAGAGCGCGACGAGCGCGAGGCUCGCGAGCGCGCGGAGACGCGCCACUUCUACGGCUCGCUGGCGGAGAGCAAGCUGCGCGACGCCGACAACAAGCUGCUGACGCACGCGGCGCGCCUGCUCGACGAGGCGCGCGCGCACCAGCGGCCCACGCACGCGCUGCACAAGGCGAUCGAUCGCUACUGCAAGCAGUACCGGCUGUACCCGAUGCCGCAGCUGCCGGCGUCGCUGCAGGAGCACAGCGGCGGGUACGCGCCGCGCGACCUGUCGCGCCCCGACGCGGGCUACGAGUACCCGCCGCCGCCGCAGCCCGAGGGCGAGCCCGCAGCCGCCGCGCCGGCCCGCCGGGACGGCUUGCAGCCCGCUGCUGUGAGUAACCUGAUAUUGGCUGCGCCAGGAUCGUCUAACGUGAACCCAAAAGGUGCGUCAGCGGCGGAGGACUACAAGAGAGCAGCGCCAGCUAACGGGUUGCAGAGGAAGAAGAGCUCCUUGCCGCAAAUAGUCCCGUGCAAGACAGAGUCCUGCCGCUGCAGCUUGAAGAAAUAA